AGGCUCUGCAGGGAGAAGGUAAACAGGUCAUUGUAAGAGUAUUAAAAGUGUCUGAAUAAAAAAGGGGAUUGUAACAAAUAGCAGUUCCUAAUACAUUUUUGGGUAUUGUGCAAUUAAUAAUGGAAUACAUUCAGUUAACCAAAAUCAAGUAAUGCAAUGCAAAGCAACUGAAAGCAACUUUGAUUUUCCUUAAUUUCAGACUUAGAGGUAUACAGAAAAACAUAAAACCAAAGUUAGGUGAAGAGUUCAAGAGAGGAAAAAAGCUGGCAGUAAUUAUUGGAAUCUUCUCAUGAUUGACAUUUGUUUGCUGCAGUUGAAAAGGAAAACAAAUAUUAGCAAUAUAUUUGUAAUAGGGCAAAAAGAGAAAGUUCACUUCCUCUUAUUGGUAAAGAUUAAAGAUUUUGAGUAGAAAAUAUCUUUUUUUUCCAGCAUUAUUAUUAUUAUUUUUUAACCAUACUUUUACUCAUUUCCCAGGAAAUAUAAAAUUAAAUUCAUUUAAUUACACUGGAAUUUACAGACAAAAAUUUGUUAUUUGCUUUAAUUUAAGGAGAGUUUUCUUCCCGUCCUUGUGCUCAUGUCAAAAAUUAUUUACAUAGACACUGCAGUACAAAGGACCUGCCAUAGUUGCAGCAAAAGAUAAACAUUUCCAAAAGAUAAUAUAAGAAUUAAUGGUAUUCUUCUUGCAGUACUGGAGAUAUAUCUCAAAUACCACUUUUUAUGGUAGCUGACUACAGUGUCUUUUUAAUGAUUCUUUGAGGUAACGUUAAAAUGAUGCGUAUAGAUAAAAUUAUAGUAGAAAAGGUUGCUAGUGUAGAUGGAAAAUGUUUUCUCAUAUAACUAAAGCUGGAAGUCAUUUACUUUGACUGAGUUUGCUGUUCGGAUGCUCAGAUGCAGAUCCAUAAUGAAACGAUAGAAAUAGAAUCCUUCACAGGAUCAGUUUUAAAAUAUUGAAGGAAUGAUUUGCUGUCUGCUGUUCAGUGAAUGCAUGUUGCUGCAGAAUGCAUAUUGUCACAAUGAUGGUGCAUAAAUCCCAGCACCCUCUUAAUUCCUAUAGGCUUUUUUAUUCCCAUUGGCACCUGUAUUGUUGGUACGUUUAACUGCAUUCAACACAGCGUCUUCUCCUCCUGAAUACAGAUUCUGGAAAUGACCCUCCUGCUGAUGGGUGCCGGGACUAUCAUUUGUGUAGUUUAAACCACCCAAACUUUUGACUCUGUAAGGCAAGCAAGGCCAUGUCUGUUGUAUAUUUAAGACUGGUUCCAAAUCUGCAUCUCUGUACCAUAGCAAAAAUACUUCUGUGUCUCAUUGGGCUCCUAUCAAAAAACAAAAGUGUAAAUGUAAGUAAUCACAGCUUGUUGGUUUAGAGUGGAAAGAAUGCUGAAUGGCUUUUCUCACAUUUAAAAAAAAAAAAGAAGUGGAAUUCACAACUGCAAAUAGUCACUAAACACAAAUUCUUUUAUAAAUGGUUAAGUAUCUGGAGGUUUCAUUUCACUGAAUCCAUGCUGUUGAGUGUAUACUGCACAACAGCAACAUGCUGUGUUUUCUGACUUUGCUCUGGUUUGCUAACAGGGUGGUUGAAAAGGCAGACAGUAAAAAUAGUUCUCGUAAAUCCUGUGGAAUAGUACAAGUGUUUGCUAGUCAUAGAUCAACCGUGUGACUCUAUCCUACGCUGGAAGGUUUUUUAAAGUAUUAUACUAGCUUUUGAGGAGCAUCUAAUAGAUUUGCCAUCAAUUCCCCCUCUCCUCUCUUUGAUGGAUAGACAAGAAAACAAAUUUUACCUGGAAAAUAUUUUGUGUUACAUAAAAUUGUCAAAAACCACAUUUUGAAUUAUUGUCUAACAACACAUUUUGUCUCAGGUGUGCACUGCAAUAACUGGCAAUAGUAAAAGUUCUCUGAGGUAAGGAUUUGCCCUCUAACUGUCACGUGGCAGUGUCUACUUCAGACAUUGCCUCCCAGAUGAACUACCUUGCAAUCAGACUGCUAUUGACUGCUUGUGUGGAUGCAAUGGAGAUUAGAUCAAACAACUGAUCUGGCUUGUUUGUUUUUUAAAAUUGUCUCUUUUGACAUCUUUUUUUUUUUUUUUCUUCCAAGUUAGAUCAGUUUCCCAGAUAAAAUUUGCAGCUGGUCCACAUAAAAAGUACCACCACAACUGAAGAGAUUCUCAGGGGAUCGCUAUGCCUGAGGGAAUAAAUAAACUGUGGGAAAGGAGAAAGGAAGAAAUAACUUACCAGGACAGUGCCACAGGAUUUCAAGCAUGUGUGUAUUUUGCAUCUGUCUUUCAAGCUAUGUCAUGUGGCAUCCAUUACUUAGCAUCUGUGUUCAUGGCUGUUACUCCUAACUUUGUAUGUGGGAUCCCUGGAAAUGUGAGUAGCGUUCUCUUCUACAACUCCUCUAAAGCAAGACUAGAGGACAUCUGGACAAUGUGGACAUCAACAGAAAAUUACAUUGUAGCCCAGCUGGAAAAUGGAGAAAUCUGGGAACUUAAUCAAUGCAGCAAGUCCAAACGAGAAGUCAGUUUUGACCUAGCAUAUGAAUAUAAAGGCAACAAGUCCAUAUUUUCUUGUUCUGAUGGAUUUCUUUAUGAUGAUACAAAAUGGAAGAGCACUGUUGUUACGCAGUGGGAUCUGGUCUGUGACCGAGAAUGGCUGGCAAAAUUAAUCCAGCCUACAUUCAUGCUUGGAGUCUUGGUUGGAGCGGUGAUUUUUGGUGACAUUGCUGACAGACUGGGAAGACAGCGCGUUAUGUGGUUCACAAGUGCUGGUCAGUUUGUAUUUGGCAUCACAGUGGCAUUCACGUUUGACUACUACAGCUUCGUGAUUGUCCGCUUUCUCCUUGCUAUGGUUUCAAGUGGCUAUCUGGUUGUGGCUUUUGUUUAUGUGACUGAAUUUGUUGGCAUUAAAGCACGAACCUGGGCUUCUAUGCAUGUCCAUGCUUUUUUUGCUUUGGGAAUUAUGGUUGUGGCACUCGUGGGAUUUUUGGUUCGGACCUGGUGGGUGUAUCAGAUAUUUCUCUCCAUAGCAACUCUUCCCUUUGUCUUGUGCUGCUGGAUGCUUCCAGAAACACCUUUGUGGCUGCUGUCAGAGAAAAGAUAUGAAGAUGCACAAAAAGUAAUCAAUAUGAUGGCAAGGUGGAACAAAGUAAGCACUUCCUGCAAAGUGUCUGAACUGUGCUCAGUCCAACAAGAUGACCCAGGCACUGACAGAACAAGUGGCAAUGGUGCAUCCCCAACCAAGAAGCACAACAUCUUAGAUCUGUUUUGUAAUUGGUACAUUGCAAGAAGGACCAUCACGAUCUGGCUGGUCUGGUUCACUGGGAGCCUGGGGUACUACGUCUUCUCCCUGAGUUCUGUCAAUCUAGGAGGCAAUGAAUAUUUAAAUCUGUUUCUCAUAGGUGCUGUGGAGUUGCCUUGCUAUAUCAUUGCUUGCAUUGGGAUGGACAAACUGGGAAGGAGAAACACACUCAUUCCGUUCCUUAUUUUAAGUGCACUGAUCUGUGUUUUAAUUAUGUUCAUACCUCAGGACUUUAAUGUGUUAAUUAUCUUGGCAAACAUGGCUGGAAAAUUUUCAAUAGGUGUGGCAUUUGGCCUUAUAUACCUCUACACAGCAGAACUGUACCCAACAAUUGUAAGAUCGCUUGCUGUUGGAAGUGGGAGCAUGAUGUGCCGUGUAGGCAGUGUGGUUGCUCCUUUCUGUGUGUAUCUGAGAAGUGUUUGGAUUUUCUUGCCACUUUUGCUUGUUGGAAUCAUGGCUCUUCUGAGUGGAAUAUUAACAUUAAUGCUUCCAGAGACACUUGGAAAACCUUUGACUAAUACUUUGGAGGAAGCUACAGAAAUGGGAAGAAAGAAGGAAAACUGCUCAGGAAAGACUCCUCCAGCAGACAGUGGUGCAGCAUUAGAAAAGAUAGAGAUGUUUGGUCAAGAAACAGUCAGCACUGAGAAAUAAAGCAAGAUCAAAAUGGCUGCUCCCAGUUUUAACAAUUAUAUAAUUUAUAGGUCAUUUUAUUCAAGAAAGGACUCUUCUGUAAUAUCUGUGCCUUUAAAUUUGUAACACAUCUUGCCGUUUUGACAGAGCAAGAGUAUGAAACCUUUCCACUUGACUGAGGUACUGCAGAAAAUUUGAUGAGAUUUCUAGAUCCCUUCUCAAACUUAUUUUGCCUUCAGAAAACCUGUCUGACUUGCUGUGACCAGUUGGAGUAAUUAUUUUAAGUUCUGUAACCUACCUGAUUACAUAUAUGUAAAAAAAGUGCCAAUUCUUACUUUGGAUUUUCUGUGGUUAGACUUGUAAACCCACCACAAUGUGUCUUGUCCUUUUGCAGUUGUCAGUUAGAGAUUCGAGAAUUCAAUACAUAGUGAAGUCAAACUCACAGUUAUAAUUCAAGAGAGAAGCCUUAACAUUUCAUCAGGUCAUACUAAUAAUUUCAGACUUAAACUAUUUUUUUUUUCUUUUCAAAACUGCUUCCAGAAAAGUUAUCAUUUCUAACAAAAGUAUUCUGUGGAAUAGCUUCUGAUUGAAAAAAUAAUAUUAAUUUUGCAAAAUGUGCAAAUAGUUUGUAUACUAUUCACUCUGUUGAAUGGUAAAUGAAUUUUUAUUAGUAGCUUAGAAAAAAAUCUUCACUGGAUCUACUUGCUGUCUUAGUAAGUUCUUCUUUAGAAAAAACUGCCUGAUGCCUUUUAAAGUAUUUUUCAUUCCAGACUAUUAUCUCUGUGCAGCCCUUCUCACUUUGUUCAGCUCAGAUUAAGUCUCAGAUUUGUCUAAUGCUUCAGAGCAACACCAACGCUUGUGUGCCAAACACUUCCAUAGAGGCUGAGCCCUUCUUAGUCCUCAGAGGAGUAGAACAAGUGGUAUAUGGGCCUUAUUCAGGCUCUCUGCAGCGGUGGUCUUAGUUAUUAAAGAAAGAUUAGUAGGCAUGGUACCUACACAACAUGCGUAUCAGACUCCAUACACUCAUGUGGACUCUGUAGCUCCAUGUUUUCCUUACAGUACAAAAAAUCAGUUACAAAAGUAUAAAUUAAAAAAAUGAUAUCUAGAGGACAGCAAGUUAUUACUUAUUCUGGUAUUUUUAGUCAGAGUAUCUGUUAGUGUCUUUUAGAUCUUAUGUGAGCAUCAACACUCACUCACUGGUGCAGUGACUGUGCCUUAUGACUGUGGACCAUAGAAAACUUACAGAUAGGAAAACAAUUCUAGUUGCUCAUUUAUGGCUUUCUGUCCCAGCUCUCUUUUUGCAGUUUACCUCUAGUCCCAGAGGUUUCUUCCUUGCCUGUGAGUCUGUAUCCUCACAGUCACCCUUGUUUGAGCAGAUGGUGUGGGAAGCUUCUGAACAUCCCUUGCCUGGGUUGUGUGAGCCCUGCUGUCCCUGGUGUGAAAUCACACUUCUUCUCACCUGAGGCACCUACUCACAGGCUAACUGACACAAUCUCAUGAAAGCAAGUCUCUCCAUGUUUACUUCUUUGACACAUACCCCAGAAUCAGACAUCUAAAUUAUUGUAGAUAAAUAUUCUAUACGCUGUAUAGUUUAUUUGUCAUAUUUUUUCUAUUAUAUCUGCAUGACCAUAUUAGUUUUAGUGAACUCUUAAACCAGAGUAAUUGUUUAUAUCCCCCUAUAAAAUAUUCUUUCUUCUUCACUGCACUGUCCUACUGUCCUAGAGUGCUUUGGUUCUGGAUAUAGGAUUCAGUCAUGUCUAAUGUGACAACUAAUGUGCUUUGAAGGCAAGCAAAAAUCAGUAAGUUUAAGUUUAGGGUGUUUCUGUGCAAUAAUUAAAGAGGUCUUUGUUCUCCCUUCAGUUAUGUGGGUGUCCCAGUAUCUGCAGGGAAAACCUCUGAAGAGAACUGCGUGGAUUACUAUGGCUUCUAUCAAGAUAUAAUUUGCUCAGCAAAAGUAUGUGCUUUUAACCUUACCCAUGUGAGUAAUCCCAUCACCAUUCAGAGGAGCACUUGAAUACAUACUGUGAUGACUAAAGAUAGGAUUACUCAUAUGCUGUGGCUUUCUGUUUUGCUCAGGAACAGACCCAGUAUUCUUCCACUGCUUUCAGAUCCCCCUGUCCCAGUUUCCAGAGCAGAACAACUGCCAUUAUCUUCAGAAUCUGUUGCCAAAUCCCGAGUGCCCCACCUUAAACAAGGACUUAACCAUACUAAGGAGGAAAAGGCAUGCAAGUAGUUCUAACGGGCAGUUAAACUGAUUCAGUCUGACUUUACAGCCACUCUCCCCUUCACAAAGAUCUAAAUAAUUGUUUUGGGGUUAUUUCACAUGAUUCUUUUUUUUUUUUCAUUUGUAGUCCUAUCUUAAACACUUCUGCUUUCAUUGCAUGGGACAGUACAGUAUGUUUUAACAAGGUACUAAAGAAAAAUUUUAAAUUAAUUUUUCUGCUUUCUUAUCUGCAGAAUAACUGAUUUGGACAUUACUCUGCUUUAAAUAGUCAAUGCACGUUAUGUUUUCCAUUGACUUGAGGGAUUCAGGACCAAGUCAUCUAUAAUUAGUAUAUGUAAGGUAGGGAAAAUAAGGAAAAAGAAAAGACUUAAAUGCACAGUGAUAGUGAGCAAUCCUUGCUGGCUACUGUUUUAAUCUGUAUUCUGAAACACAAUGCAGCCUGAUGGCUUUUAACCCUUAAAGCUAAUUCUUCCUGUCCCUGAUGUCAGUUCAUACUUGGUCUUUAAUUCAAAUGAGACUUGAAUUUCCCUGAACCAAUUAUGCUUUUUUUUUUCUUUUUUCUUUUUUUUCCUGGAAAUAAAAUGCGAAUUGAUCAACAGGUACACCUUUUGGGAUUUUAUGCAUAGUAGCUCUGAGGAUGCUCUGGGGCUUCCUGUCCUUUCAGCUGAAGAAGCACAUUAUUGUAAAAAAGGAAGUAGCAUUUCUGAAUUUCUAUCUGUAGAAUUUCUGUUUGUUUCCAUUUCCAUGUGGAGGAAAAGAUGUUUAACAUUAGUUCUAUGUUAUAAAUGUAACAUAGAUGGGAUGCGUUGAUUUCUUUCUCUUCAGUAUUCAUAGAUUAUCUAAAUCCUCUUGAAAGAGAGGACUGAGUUUGAGAAAAAGAGCUUCUAAGUUCCUUUGGGGUAUGUUUUCCUCUCACUGCUAAUAAAGACAAUUCCUUUUCAUAGUUUUUAUCUGAGUCCUUCCGUUCUUUUAAGUUUACAUUUGUCAUAUCCAUCUUAGAGCAAAUUUAGCGUGCUGAGCAAUGGCUCUGGAAAUAUGUGAUGGUUUUAUGAGUUUUGGAUUAGAAUUCUUAUAAUUGCUGCUGGUCAUUGUUUCACAACAAUAAUUUGUUCUGUCCUAAAAUUGAUAUAGUAUUUUAUUGAACAGUCACACAGUUUGCUGUGAGACAUUCUUUCUGGGGCCAGUGAAAGAAUUUUCAUUAGUUCAAUAACAACUAAAGAAAAUUAGUAAAUGUGUUUGAUAUUUUUAAUCUGUAUUUUCAGAAGUUUGUGAAGAGAUGCAUUUUCUACUUUUAUAGCUCACUUCAGUUUAUGGAAGUUUCUGUAACUUAGAAAACACUGUAGACAAAAAAGCUGUACAAACAAUAUGCACUCUGUGUCAAAUGCUUCGGGCUGUGCCCUAAGUGAGUGAGGGAGAGAAUCCUGCCUUCAGGAUUCCAGCAGAGGAGUUCUGUAUGACAGCUCUGUGGAAACAUAAGAUGCUGUGACACCUCUGUUCUGGGUGAAAAGGGGGUGGAGGGCUCACUGGCAUUCUCCUGUGUUUUUCACAGUUUAUUUUUACCAGCUCCUUACGUGCAGUCGUGUAGGAAGCCUCCAUAGCAUGGGGCUCAGCAACAUGCAAGUUCUUUGUGUGUGCCUUUCACAAGAGCUCACAAAAUGCAAGGUCAUUUGAACUGUGGGGGCAUGAUGCCAGAAAGGCAUUUGUGACUGCUAAAAGGAGGGUGUGGAUCCAUCUUGUACACUUGUCUGUGUAUCUGAAAGAUGCCUGCCUGAAUCCCACAACAGAAUUGCAGGGAACAAAUCAAACUCCAAGAUUAAAAUGGUGAGUAAAGACAGAAGAACAAGUUUAUUCAAUCAAAACAAACAAACAAACAAACAAACAACAACAACAAAAAACAACGCAGCAACUCAGUGACUUCGGUCAAGCCAUAUCUGCAUUGCUUUCAUCUCUCAUGAAGAAAAGUUAUAGCUCAGCUGUGUAUUCACAACCUAACCAUUUUGUAUGUGAUUGUGAGCCAGGUGCAUUUUGGAAACAUGGGGAAAGUGUGUGUUCUUGGGAAAGAGUUUAUUUGCCCAGAAUAUGUGACUUUAAUACAAUAUAUGUGAAUAACGAUUUUUUAACAUGCAUGUAACUGCAGAUAAUAAAUUCAAGAAUAAAGCUAA